UGAACAACCCAGGGACAUCAUCUGCUGCCUGGACAACUUUACCUUGAAGGAGGAUAUCUUACGCAGAGCACGCCUAAUGGGCACCAUCCGCAUAGAAAACCAAAUGAUCUCGAUAUACCAAGACCUUUCCCGCUACACUCUGCAAGCAAGGAAGGCCCUUUCUACCA